GAGCAGCAGCAAGGGAAGCUGUAGCGGCUACAACUGCUGUGGCAGAAGCAGGGAGGCCUGUAGCUGAAGUGAAGGUAGAGAGAGUGAGCAAAAGAAGCAUCAAUACUUACAGUCGAAUCCAGUCUUGCCCCCCCGCUAUUGCUGACCUGGCAUCAUGCGAUCACACGUCACUCUCUGACGGCUCUGGGCCAGCUGCUGAGUCGGCAGCUGACGUGGCACCAGCUGGUGAUGCCACGUCAUCACGAUCAAGAGCACGCGCUGCUGUCCCGCUACCUCCACGCGCCAAGCUUCCCCGGGCGGCAAAGUCGAACCGUGUCGGGACCGUUGAGCUCAUCAGCGGUAGAGUGUCCACGUCAGCGGCUCACCUGCCAGGUCAGACCUCCGUUUCGGCAGCUCAGGCGUCGACCUCGCCACCUCAGAGGCGCCUGGGAUUGAAGCAGGUGAAUCUGAAGGAGAGAGUGAAGGCGGAAAAGGCAGCAGAGGCUAGGGUUCGGGAGGUAGGAGUGAGAUACGCUGCUGUUGCAGAUGUGGGCUUUAGAAGUGGUGGUGCUGGGGACGCUGGGGGCGUUGGGGGCGUUGGGGGCGUUGGGGGAGGGGUUGUUGGUGUUGACGGUGUUGUGGGAGUGGGCGUCGGGGGAAGAGAUGUUGGGGGUGCUGGUGGUAGUGGUGGUGGUGUUUCUGGUGCCAUGGCCACCACAUAUGCGGAUGACUCUGGUGGUGGUGUUGGCACAGGUUUGAAAGGUGCCGAUACUACUGCUGCUGGUGAUCGUGGCACAAACGUUCAAGAUGCGACCAAUGCAGCAGCUGCUGCUGGUGGUGGUGGUGGCGGCAGUGGUGGUGGUGGGGACGGCGGCGGUGGCACAGGCAUUACAGGUGCUGAUAACUGUGCUGAUGUGGUUGCUGCUGCUGGUUGUGGUGGCGGUGGUGCUGGUGGUAGUGGCAAUGCAAACAUUAAACCUGUGGAUUCGGGAAGCACUGUUGUCAAUGGUUUAGGGUUACACAAUGAUGACUCUGUCAGAGGCCCGACUAGUGGUAAUGUGGACAGUAGAAACUUCACUGGUGGUGGUGGUGGUGACGGGGGCGUUCGAGACGUGAAUGGUCGUGGCAGUGGUAUCAGAGGCGCGGAGUUUUCUGGCCAAGGUAUCAGAGACAGGUGGGGAGACAUCAGUUCUGCCGUUCAGGGCGUCACAGCCGUCAACUCUGUCAAUGAGGGCGGUAGGGGUGCCUUUGAGUCGACUCAAAUUCAGGGCGUCACAGCCGUCAACUCUGUCAAUGAGGGCGGUAGGGGUGCCGAUUCUGCCAUCCAGGAGGGUAGAGGCGCGGAUUCUCGGGACUGGACAGAUGGGGAUAGGCUGGGUGAACUGAAUGCUCUUGCAGCGCAUGAGAAGGCAGAUGUGAAGGCUUGGACAGGUGCGGGUAAGAGGGCUGAUGUGAAGCCUUUUGAGACACCUCAGGAAGCGGAUUCUCUGGCUUGGACUGCAGCAGGUAGGUGGGCGGAGGUGCAGUGGAGUGCUGAAGACGAGAGGUGUCUGCUUGCCGCUACUGAAGAGCUGGAUGGAGAUUUUGAGGGCGAAUUGAGUGGUUUAGGAGAGGGUUUGGGAGAGGGUUUUGAUGGGGAUUUGGAAGGGUGUUUGGGUCAAGAUUUAGGGGAUUUUGGGUUUGGGGAGGCGGAUUUUCUUGACUUGCCUUGGGCAGAUGUGGUUGUUCCGGGUGUGGCUGUGGCGAAUGGUGCCGCUGCUACAAGUGUGACUGAAUUGCCAGGUACUGCUGCUUCUCAUGAUGUGACUAUGGCACAGGAGGCUGUCACAGGUGUGCCCUUAUUAAAUGUGACUGGAAUGCAGGUUUCUGCUUCUCAUGAUGUGAUUGUGGCACAGGGGGCUGUCAUGGCUGCAGCUGCUGUGAAUGUGACUCUAGCAGGUGUGGCUGUAGCACAGGGGGCAGAUACAGAUGUGACUUCUGUGAAUGUGACUGUAGCAGGUGUGGACGGGGCACAGGGGGUUGCUAAUGGUGCUGUGGCUGUGACUGUAACGGGUGUAACUUCAGAGGCCCUUGGUUCAAGUGCAGGGGCAGGAGCAGCAGGGGCAGAAACAGCAGGUGGGGAAGCAGCGGGGGCAGAAGCAGCAGGGGGAGAAGCAGGAGGGAAAGAAGCAGCAGGGGCACACUCCUCACCUGCUCAGGUGCCGUUUCAGGUGGAUGUGGGUGGUCAAGUGGAUAGUCAGGUGGGUGCGCAAUCAUUACGGGCUGCUUUGGGAAACAAACCUGAUGCUUAUGUUGUGCGCUCAGCUGUUUCUUCUGUUGUCGCUUCUGCUGCACCACUGGCACCUUUUGUCUCUUCUGUUCCACAGGUACCAGUUAAUUCUCCCAUGUUUGCAGCGUCACCUUUUGCUCCUGCCGAGUUCGCCCUAAAUAAUGACCCACACACAGUUGCCACCUCCCCCCAAACAGUUGUCACCCUCUCCCACGCAGUUGCCACCUCCCUGCAUACAGUUGCCACCUCCCCCCAUACAGUUACCACCUCCCUCCACACAGUCACCACCUCCCCCCACACAGUUGCCACCUCCCCUCUCACAGUUACCACCUCCCCUCCCCCUAACAUGGUUGCCUCCCCCAGUGCUGUAACUCUCCCCCUCUCUUCCCCCGACCCCCUCUCCCCCCAAGUCCCCCCUUCCCCCGCUCCCCCCACCCGAGUGCCCCCGCACUCUAGCCCCCCUUGGGCGCUUGUUGAGACAGCAGGGGCGCAGGGGGGCGGAGAUGGGGCGCAGGGGGAUAAAGAUGCUGGGGAAGCGGGUGGGGAUGCAGGGGGAAUUGGUGGACAUGCAGGGGAGAACGGGGAAGAGUUUGGGAAAGAAACCGGGGGGUUGGAGGGAGAGGAAGCAGAGGAGGGCGGGGAGAAGCGGGAAGUGCGUCAGGCGGAGGAUGAGGAGAGGGACGGGAAGGAGGAGAAGGAAGAGGAGGAGGAAAUGAGAGGGGAGGAGCAAGACGAAGGGGAAGAGCAGAAGGGAGUGCAUGGAGGAGAGGAGGAGGCGAGGAAGAGAGAGAGGGAAGAGGAGCAAGAGGAGGGGGGGAGGGACGAGGGGCAAAAGGAGGAAAGGAGAGUUAUGGAGUUGACUGUACUAGGGGAGAGUAAGAGGGAGAAAGGGGCAGGAAGUGGGGAACGAGAGGGUGGUGUAAGAAGAGAGGGCGAGGAGGAAGAAGUGGAGGAGGAGGAAGUGGAUGGAGAGGUGGAGGAGAUAAUGUGUAUGGACGAGGAUAAGGUGGAAGAGGUGGAAGAGGAAAAACAGAAGGAGGAAAAAGAGGAGGUUGAAGAGGAGGGACUAAAUGUGGAGAUGGAGGAGUUGGAGAAGAAGGAAGAGGAGAAGGAAGAGGGGGUGGAGGAGGAAGAGGAGAAAACGCAGGAAGAGGAAGAGGUUACUGACUUCGCAUCAGCUGAUGACAUGGCUAUUGCUGAGAAUCGUGGUGAUGACGUGGAGGCUCUAAACAGUGAGGAUGAUGACGUGGUGGAAGUACCUAUGGAUCAGGAACAGGAGCAGCUGACGUGGCAUCUUCGUGGGAAUGUCAAUCUAGGUGUUGCCACUAGUAGUAGUCAUGCUGCUGCUGCGAGGAACGAAAUCACUGCUGGUGAAGCAGGAGAGGGAGAAGCAGCAGAAAGGGUGGCCGCAGAACGAGAGGCAGCAGAAAGAGAGGCAGCAGAGAGAGAGGCAGCAGAAAGGGAGACAGCAGAGAGAGAGGCAGCAGAAAGGGAGGCUGCAGAGAGGGAGGCAGCAGAGAGGGAGGCAGUAGAGAGAGAGGCAGCAGAAAGAGAUGCAGCAGAAAGAGAUGCAGCAGAAAGAGAUGCAGCAGAGCGAGAGGCAGCAGGGAGAGAGGCAGCAAACAGAGAGGCAGCAGAGAGGGAGGCAGCAGACAGUGAGGCUGAAAAGAGAGCGGCAGCAGAGGAACGAGCAGGAGAAGAAGCAGAGACAGCAGAGGGGGCAGAGGCAGGAGAGGGGGCAGAGGGGGCAGGGAGGGCAGAGGGAGCAGAGGAGGCAGAGGUUGCAAAGGGGGCAGAACGGGGAGAGGGGACAGAGGCAGCAGAGGAGGCAGAGUCAACAGAAGAAGCAGCGGUAGCACAAGGGACAAAAAUGAGGGGUUCUGGGAAACAGGAGGCCACCGUUUUUCUGUCUUUGCCUUUGCCAACUCCGGAAUCCCACAAGGCACCUGGGACCUUUGACCAAAGAUGCUCAGCAGCUGAGGUGACUUUUGAGUCGACUCAAAAGCCAACUCAUGAGUCGACUCAAAAGCCAUCCCACAAGGCACCUGGGACCUUUGACCAAAGAUGCUCAGCAGCUGAGCCUACUCAACAGCAGGAAUGCACAGCUUUUGUUGAUCCGACUCAACAGCAGGUUUCAGAAUCCCAGUCUUACAAGCCGCCUGUGCUGCAAGUGCAGGCUGUAGAGUCGCACAAGCCACCUAUGACCUCUGGGCGCCAGCAGGAAUGCACGUCUUUUGUUGAGCCGACUCAACAGCAGGUUCCGGAAUCUCAGUCUCACAAGCCACCUGUCACCUUUCAGCUACACCAGGAAUUCGCAAGUGUGGCAGCUGCUGCAGUCGCUUUUGAUCCAAGUUACGGUGUUACCAACCAGAUGUAUCACCUGCAAUCCGUGGCUCUGGGUAAGGGUAAAGAGGUGAGGCCCGCUAAUGUGACACUCCCUGAGUCAGAUGUUACCAUUCGGAUGCAUCAUCUGCAAUCCGUGGCACUGGAUAAGGGCAGUAAGUUGAAGCUGACUGCUGGUAUGGCACUCUUUGGGGCAGAUGUUGCCAGCAGAGCAGCCGACGUGGCCAGCAGAGCAGCUGACAUGGCGAGCAAAGCAGCUGACGUGGCGAGCAAUGCAGCUGACGUGGCUGCACCUGAGGCUGACGGGGUUGAGAGGGCAGUUGAUGUGGCAGAAGUGGAUGUUGCAGCAGGAGAGGCAGCAGAGGAAGAAAGUUUGUCUCCGUCUCUCUCCUCCUUCCCAUCCCCCUUCGCAUGCUUCUCAUCCUCUCCCCUCUCUUCUCAGUCUCUCCCCUGCCCUCCUUUGCCUUCCCCUUCCUUCCCUUCUCCUAGCGCCUGUAUAGAGAUGUGGCCUGUUGCAGAAGCGACCUUUGCUCCUCCCUCUACUCUCCCUUCCUCCCUUCCAUCCUCUCUUCCAUCCUCCCUUUCCUCCUUCCCCUCCACCCUCCCAGCCUCCUUUCCUUCCUCUGCUCCGUCCUCCUUCCCGUCUUCCCUUCCCUCCUCGCUCCCCUCCUCUCUCCCCUCUUCGCUCCCACCCUCGCUUCCCUCCUCUUUCCCCACCUCCUCCCCUACCGCCUCCCCUCCUUUCUCCCCGCCUCCCCUAUCCCACACCCCUGUGGAUGUUUUCUCGUUUUACAAAGCAUGGGCACAGCGUAAUGGCCCUGGCACUUACCUAAGUGCAAGCGCGGCAGUGGGGGAAAUGCAGGGAACGGGAAGGGGAGUUGGGAAGGAAGAGGAGGAGGGGACAGCUGUAGGUAGUCAGAUGAGAGCUAGGGAGAAGCAGGAGGAGGAGAAAGUUGAGAAGCAGGAGGAGGAGAAGGAGGAGAAGCAGGAGAAGGAAGAGGAGGAGAGGGAAGAGGAGGAGAAGGAAGAGAAGGAGGAGCAUGCGGAGGAGGAGGAGAAAGUGGAGGAGAUGGUGUGGGGAAGAGAUGGGCAGGCACAGCAUAAGGUACAUUCGGAGCAGCAGGAGGAGGUAAAGACACAGGAGCAAGAGAAGUGGCAGGAGCGACAGGAGGAGGAGAAGGAAGAGAAACAGGAGCAGGAGGCGCAGGAGAGGCGACAGGAGCGACAGGAGGAGGAGGAGGUAGAGGAGCAGCAGCAGGAGGAGCAAGAGGAACGGAAGCAGCCGGUGCUGCAGGAAGAGGAGCAGGAGCAGCAGCAAGAGGGGCGGCAGGAGCAGGAAGGCCAAAUGCUGCAGGAGGAGGAACUGGAGCAGCGGCAGGGCGGAGAGGAGCAGCAGCAGGGCGAGAGACAGCAGCAGAGGCAGGAGCAGCAGGAGGGGCAGGAGAAGCAGGAGGAACAGCAGAUGCAGGAGGAACAGGAGCAGCAGCAGGGAGAUGGGCAGCAGCAGCAGCAGCAGCAGCAGGCUCAGGGUGAGCAGGUUUUUGCAGAGCAACAUGAGGAGGUGGGAGAAGAGGAGGCGGAGGAAGGGGAGGAGAUGGAGGAGGAAGAGGAAGAGGAGGAGGAGGAGGAGGCAGAAGUCUUAGAUGAGCUAGGGGGUGCGUUUGAAGCUCCCAAGACCCCUCAAGCGGAUGACGAGAGUGGUGAGGUGAGGGAAUGGAAGAGAGGGAAACACGGAGAGGAGGAAGAGGAGGAGGAGGAUGAAGAGGAGGAAAAGAGGGAGCUAGAGCAGGAGCAAGAGGAUGAACAGAAGGAGGUAGAGCAGGGAAGGGAGAAAGAAGUGAGCUGGCACAGUGAAAGCGGGAAUGUUCUUGAAGAUGUCGCUGCAGAGGAAGUGGCAGCAGUGAUGGAAGGGGCAGCUGACGUGGCAACAGCUCAUGUGGGAGUUGAUGUGACGGCAGCUGAUGUGGCAGUUGACAUUGUGGCAAAUACAGCAAUAGAUCCAGCAGCUGAGGCAUCAACCGGUCUUCAAGCAGAGAUAGAAGCAGAGGCGGGCGAAACUGAAGCUAAAGUAGCUGUAGGGACAGCAUUGGAAUCACAAGUAGGUGAAGAGACAGCAGGAUCAGAAGCAGGAGCAGGGCUAGAAACAGAGUUCAUAGCAGAAGCAGGAGAAGUGGCAGCAACCGAUCUUGUGGGAGAGGUAGAAGGAGAAGCAGAAGGUGAAGCAGAAGGAGAAGCUGAAGUUAAAGUAGCUGCAGGGGACACGUUGGGGUCAGAAGUGGGUGGAGAAGCAGCAGAAACAGAAGCAGGAGAAGAGUUGGAGGCAGAGUUAGCAGGCCGAGCAGUGGAGUUUGAAGCAGGAGCAGACUUGGGGGACGAAGUAGGUGCAGAGGCAACAGAUUGGGAGUUAGAAGCAGGAGCAGAGUUGGCGAUAGUAGGAGGAGGAAAAGUAGAAGCAGGAGUAGAUUUGCAAACAGAGUUAACAGCAGGAGUAGGCGAAUCGGAAGCAGGUGUAAAGCUCGAAGCAGAGUUAGCAGCGGUAGGAGCUGCAAUAGAGGCGGAGGAAGCUGCAGAAGCAGCAGAAUAUGAAGCAGGAGCAGAAAUUGAGGCAGUGGUAGCAGCAGGAGCUGAGGCUGAAGCAGAAAUGGGAAUGGAGAGAGGAGAGGAGGGAACAGAAGCAGAAGCAGAAGAAGCUGACUUAGCAGCAGACGAGGAAGCUGUGCGGCUAGGAGAGGCUGGGGUGGAGGCUGAAGCACAAGCAGGAGCAGAAGAAUAUGAGUUUCCAGCAGAUGGUGAGGCAGAAGCAGAGGGAGCAGAGGAAAUGGAGGUAGGAGGAGAGGAAGUAGAGGAAGGAGGAGAAGAAGUAGAGGAAGGAGGAGAGGAAGUGGAGGGAGGAAAACAGGAGGUGGAGGGAGGAGGAGAGGAGGUGGAGGUAGGAGGAGAGGAGGUGGAGGUAGGAGAGGAGGUGGAGGUAGGAGGAGAGGAGGUGGAGGUAGGAGGAGAGGAGGUGGAGGUUGUAACAGAGGAGGCAGGAGGACAGGAGGUAGAGGGAGGAGCAGAGGAGGCAGCGGCAGAGAUAGAGGGUGACGGAAGAGGAGAAGAUGUUGGUAUGGAGGCACAGGGAGCAGAGGAGGUGGAGGUGGGAGGAGAGGAAGUAGAGGGGGGAGGAGAGGAGGUAGGAGGAGAGGAGGUAGGAGGAGAGGAGGUUUCUGUUCUUCAUCCACCCAAAAGCGACUCCAUUCUUACCAUUACCACCCCCGCUCUUGCUGCCCUCCCCGCUGCUCCUCCCUUGCCCCUUGUCAUGGUUGUUGAGGCAUAUGCUGCUGCUAGCGCUGCCAAUAGUAACCCUGCUGGAGCAGCUGGUUUUGAGGUGCCUCAGAAGUCAGCAUCUGCUGUUGGUGCUGCCAACAGUAAGCCUGCUGCAUCGGCACCGGCAGUGGGCGAAUCAGCAGGGCUGGUUUCAGCAAGUGAGGUGGGGAGAGGGAUCGGCAGAGAGAAGCCAGCAGUGUGUGGGGGGGUCAAUGGAGGAGAUUGGCAGGGUGCUGCCAACAGUAAGCCUACUGUAUCGGCACUGGCGGCGGGAGAAUCAGCAGGGCUGGUUUCAGCAAGUGAGGUGGGGAGAGGGAUCGGCAGAGGGAAGCCAGCAGCGUGUGGGGCCAGCGAUUGGGGUAGUGUAGGAGAAGUUAGGAUGACUGACAGAGAGGAGGCGAUGGGUGGGGCCUGUAAAAGAGAGAGCGGAGAAGCAGCUGGGGUCGGGAUUGAGGAGAAGGAGGAUGCUGAUCGGACGUUUGAGGAUGGGGGUGGUGCACCUGAUGCCAAUGCUGAUGCUGCUGUUCAUGCUGAUGCCAAGGCUGAUUCUGACACCAAGGCUGAGCCUCCACCUGAAUUUUCACCUGAAGAUGCUCCUCCUGAGCUAGUAUCCCGCCUUCCCCCCAUAGGCGCAGCUGCAUCUCUCCCCCCCAUUGGCGCAGCAGCAUCUCUUCCCCCCAUCCUUCCCCACAUGCCGCACUCUUUCCCCUUCAACCCCUUUCUCCCCUUUCCCCUUGGCCCCUUCCCUCCCCUUGGUUACAACUCGGGUUACCACCAGCUCUCACCCGCUCAAAUGCUCUUCCUUAACAGAACUGCUGGAUUUGGAAAUGUUUCUACUUUUGGAAAUGCUCCCAAUUGGGGAAAUGCUGGGCCUGGUGCAGCUGGUGAGGGGAAUCGUUUUCCUGGUGCUGCUGGUGCAACUGCCAGCUUUGGUGCUGCUGCUGUUGUUGCCGGAUCCACUGCUCGCUCUGCUGCUGCUGCUCCUGCUGCUCCUGCUGCUGCUGUUGCUGCUGUUGCUUCUGCUGGUGCUGCUGCUGGCAGUGCAGCUGUCGUAGCCCCAGCUGCUGCUGCAGAUUCAGAAGCCGCUGGGGCCAGAGCAAGAGUAGCUGCUGCCACAGGUGGCCCCCAUAGGCCUGCUGGAAGAAACAGUGCCGCAUGUGACAGCAGGGCUUCUAAAACGUCUAGAGAAUCCAGUCUUGGACGAAUUGUUGCUCCUGGGCAGCAAGGGAACGCUUGGCAGGGCGGGGCUAGCAAGGAGUGGUUAGAUGCUCCUCUGGUCUUUGGUCUGAACGUCAUUCCGCCAGGGGCUGUUGUGGAAAAGAUGGGUGGUGGAGAGGAGGCGGACAGGGGGGAUGAGGGAAAAAGGAAGUCAUCUUUGGGUGAGGGAGAAACGGGAGAGGAGGAAGGGAAGGGGGAAGAUGGGGAGUGGGAAGGUGGGAAAGGGGCCUGUGGAAAGAGGGCAGAUGAAAACGAGGCAGGUUGUAAGGGGGCAGGUAGAAGGGGCACAGGAGAAAAAUGGGCAGGCGAGAAGGGGGCAGGGAUGUGUUUUCGGGAUGAUAUAAACACGAGCGUGAAUGUGAGUGAGAUGACUCGAGUCAAGAAGGCGGAUGAGUCGGAAGCAGGUGUGAGUGCGGGUCAGAUGAGUCAUUCAAAGAAGCCAGAUGAGUUGGGAGCAGGUGUGAAUGUGCUGAAUACGCUGCUUGGUUAUGGGACGGAUGAGGAGGGUGCAGAGGGUGAAAAAGAGGAAGAGGUGGAGGUGGGAGGUGAUGGAGAGGGAGGUAAGAAAAGGGAGGGUAAGGGAGGGGAAGGAGAGGAAGGAGGAGGAGCAGAAGCUGGUGCUGCUGCCGCUGGUGCUUCAGCAGCUGGUGCUGCUGCCGCUGGUGCUUCAGCAGCUGGUGCUGCUGCCGCUGCUUCUGCUGUUAGUGUUGGUGGUGCUGCUGCUAUGUUUGAGGCGCGUAGAAAAUCAGUAGUGGCAGCAACACCUGGGGUGGUUACUGCAGCUGUUAGUGCUGUUAGUGCUGUUGCUGCAGCUGUAGGCCCUGAUAGCAGAACCCGGAUUGAGUUGAGGGAGAGGGAGAGGGAGAGGGAGAGGGAGAGGGAGAGGGAGAGGGAGAGGGAAAGGGUGAAGGAGAAGGAGAAGGAGAGGGAGAGGGAGAGGGAGAGGGAGAGGGAGAGGGAGAGGGAGAAGGGGAGUGAGGGGAGGGAGAAGGAGAGGGAGAAGGCGAGUGAGAGGAGGGAGAGGGAGAGGGAGAGGGAGAAGGGGACUGAGGGGAGAGAGAGGGAGAGGGCGAUUGGGAGUGAGGGGAGGGAGAGGGAGAGGGGGAAGGUGAGUGAGGAGAGGGAGAGGGAGAGGGAGAGGGCGAGGGCGAGGGAGAGGGAGAGGGAGAGGGAGAGGGCGAGAGAGGGGGAGAGGGAGAGGGAGAGGGAGAGGGAGAAUGGAAGUGAGGGGAGGGAGAAGGAGAGGGAGAAGGCGAGUCAGGGGAGGGAGAGGGAGAGGGAGGGGGCGAAGGCGAGUCAGGGGAGGGAGAGGGAGGGGGAGAAGGGGAGUGAGGGGAGGGAGAGGGAGAGGGAAGGGGAGAAGGGGAGUGAGGGGAGGGAGAGGGAGAGGGGGUUGGUGAGUGUUGAGAGGGAGAGGGAGAAGGGGAGUGAUGGGAGGGAGGGGAAGGAAAGGGAGAAGGGGAGAGACGUGUGGGAGGGUGAGAGAGUGAGUGCUGGGAGGGAGAGGGAGAAGGGGAGAGAGGUGGAUGGUGGAGAAGCAAAGGGUAGAGGGAGUGUAGGAGGCGAGAGAGACGUUAGAAUGUCAGCAGAGAGGGGGAGGGAAUUGGUGCACAUGACAAGAACGAGGGAUGUGGAUGUGACAAGAACGAGGGGCAGAGAUGCAAGCAGCAGCUGUAUUUUUGGGGCAGGAAGGGAUAUUGGAAGGGAAGCGCGUGAACGAGACAUGGGAAAGAUAGCAGAGAGGAGGGAUGUUGAUGUGACACGAAUGAGGGGCAGCAACAAUACGAGGGAAAGAGGAGGUGGGGAAGGAGGUGUAAGGGAAAGAGGAGCAAGGGAGGUAGGAAGAAGGGGAGGAGGAGGUGAAAGAGGAGGGGAAAGAGGAAGAGGGGAAAGAGGAGGAGGGGAAAGAGGAGGAGGGGCAAGAGGAGGAGGGGAAACCCUCAGCAGCCACAAAGCAGAUGGGGGAGAAAGAGUUGCAAGGGAAGGUAAGGAAGGAAUGGAAAGAGGGGUAGACACAGCACGGGAACGAGGAGAAAAGGCCGAUGUGAACAGAAGUGGAGGAGAAAGAGGGGCUGAGAAGGUGGAGGAAGAGGAGAGAGGGAAAAGUCAGAAAGGCGUUGCAUUGGCAGAAGAGAUAGGGAGGAAGGAGAAUGAGGGUGGGGCCAGUGGUGUGAGAAGAGGGAGUGGAGCAACAGGAGAGCGGGAAGAGGAGAGAGUGAAAAGUCAGAAGGGCGUUGCAUUGGCAGAAGAGACAGGGAAGGAGGAGGAAGGUGGGGGUGGUAGUGUGAGAAUAGGGAGUGUCGCAGCGGGAGAGGGGGGAAAGGAGAGAGGGGAAGGUAGGAAGAUUUUCGAAUCGGCUGAAAAGAGCAGGAAGGAGGAGGAAGGUGGGAAUGGUGGUGUGAGAAUAGGGAGUGGCGCGGUGGGAGAGGGGGAAAAAGAGAAAGGGGAAGGUCAAGAGCGAUCUAAGGUGGUGGAAGGGACAAGGAGUGAAGGGGAGAGGGGGAAGGGUGGUGCGCAGAGAGAGAGUGGAAUGGAAGGAGGAGAUGGAGGAGAAGGACGAGGAGGAGGAAAGGAAGGGGGUGAGGGAGGAGGGAGAGGGGAGCGUGAGAGUAAGGGUGGUAAGGAUGGAAAGACUGGCAGUAAAGCGAGUGGCAAAGGCAGUGGUAACAACAGGGAUGCUGGCAACAGUGGUGGUGGCGGUUCUGGGGGUGGUGGUGGUAGUGGCAGGGGAGAGAAAGGGGGACAGGGAGUAGGAUCGUCCAGAAAGGGAGGGAUAGUUGGCGGUAAAGGGAGUGGUGGGGGUGGUGGUGGUGAUGAUGAUGGUGAUGGUGAUGAUAAUGCUAGGGAUUGGGACCGGAAACGGGCUUUGGGGAGUGAUAAGGGCAAGGGAGGGAGAAGGAAAGGGGAAGAGGAGGAGGAGGGGGAGGAAGGGAGGGAGAAUAAGCGAAGGAAGGAGGAGGAGAAGCGUGGGGAGGGGAGGGAUGGGAAGAAAGGGGAGGAACAGGCGAGGCGAAAUGCAGAGGUAGAGAAGAGUGGGAAUGGGGAGGUGAAGGUAGGUGGUGUGAGUGUGGGUCAUCGGGGGGAGGAGAGGAGGAUUGAGAGGAGGGAUGAAAAGAAAGAGGAAAGUGGAAGGGGUAAUAGGAGAAAGGAGGAGGACAGAAGAUGGGAGGAGGAUGGGAAACGGGAGGAGGAUAGGAGAAAGGAGGAGGAUAGGAGAAGGGUUGAAAAGGGAGGACGAAAGGAGGAGGAUAAAGGAAAAAGGGAGGAGGAUAAGGAGAGGAGGGAUGAAAAGGGGAGGAAUGGGGAAGGGAGAAAGGAGGAUCUCAGGAGAAACGAGGAUGAUAAGAAACGGGAGGAGGAUAAGCGAAAGGCGGACAAACGGAGAAUGGAGGAUGGAAAGAGAAAGGAAGAGGAGAGGAGAAGGGAGGACGAGGAGAGGAAGCAGGAGGGAAAGAGAAAGGAGGAGGGAAGGAGAAGGGAGGAGGGAAGGAGAAGGGAGGAGGGAAGGAGAACGGAAGAGGAAAGGAAAAGGGAGGAGGCUGGUAAGGAUAGUGGAAGUGAAAGGGUGGGUGGUUCGCAUAGGGAUAAGAUGGACGAAAAGAAGAGGGAGGGUAAGGGGGGCGAGAUGGAAGAGGUGAGGAGGGAUGAGAGGAGAGAGGAGAGGACGGAGGAAAGGAAAGAAGAGAAGAAGGAUGAUAGAAAAGAUGAGAGGAGGGAGGAAGAGAAGGAUGGGAGGAGAGGGGAAAGGAAAGAUGAGAGGAAAGAGAAGAUAAGGGAUGAGAGGACAGAGGAGAAGAGGGGUAAUAAAGGUGUUAAGGAGGCAGGAGAAAGGGAUAAAGAGAAGGGGGAGAGUAUAAGUGGGGCGAGAAAAGAAGGGGAGAAGGAGCAAAAGGAGAAGAGAGGGCGAUUGGAUGGGGAGGAGCAUGGGCAGAAGAGGGAAGGAAGAAGCAUGGGUCAUGAUACAAACGAGGAGAGGAAGAGGAGGAAGGUGGAGGAGGAAAUUAAGGAGAAGGAGAAGAGGGAGAAGGAGAGGAGGGACAAGGAGAGGGGAGAGAAGGAGAGGAGGGAGAGGGAAAAGGGAGAGAGGGAGAGGAGGGAGAGGGAAAGUGGAGAGAAGGAGAGUAGGGAGAGGGAAAGGGAAGAGAAGGAGAGGAGGGAGAGGGAAUGGGAAGAGAAGGAGAGGAGGGAGAAGGACAGGGGCGAUAUGGAGAGGAAGGGGGGGGAGAGGGGGAUAAAAGAGAGGAGUGAGCAGGAGACGAGAGGGAAGGAGAGACGAGAAGUGGGGAGAGAAAAUGAGAGAAGAGAGGAGAGGAGACAAAAGGAGGGGAGAGAAAAGGGAGGGAAAACAGUCAAUGAAGGCAAAGGAGAAAAUGGGGAGAGGAGAGAAGCAGUGGAGAUGGGAAAAGGUGAGGAAGUUGAGGAAAAAGAGGCUAGGAGAGAAAAGGAUAGUAGAGGAACAAAUAAGCAUGACAAUAAGAAGAUGUGUGAUGAGAGUAAGACACAUGACGAUGGGAAGCAGGAAGAGGGUAGGGAGGAUGGGAGGGGUGAAAGGCCUGGGCGAAUUUCUGAGUCACGACAAAAAUUGGAGGAGAAAGUUGUGGGGAAGGAGGAGGGAAGGGAUGUGGGGAAGGGGGAUGGAGGGCAUGGGAAGCGGCAAAGGGAGCGUGUGGCACCGCAUCAUACCCAUACCAACCCCCUUGCACCGCAUCAAACACACACCAACCCAUUAGUAGCUCACCAUGCACUGCUGCAAGCUCUGCGUGCUGCUCCCCGCCCCCUCCACUCUGGCUCUGCUCUGCCCCCCGCUCUGGCAGGUAGUGGUAUUGGCAUGAGUGGUAUGGGUGGAAUGGUUGGUGAGGUGGUGCGGCAGGAGGGAGAGGGAGUGGAGGAGGGAGAUGGGGAAGAGGAGGGGGAGGGAAAGGAGGGGAAGAAGAGGGUACAGUUUUCAGAUGAGAUGGAGGGAGGAGAGGGAGGGGAGGGUGGGGUGGGAGAGGAGGAGUGGGAGGAGAUGGAAGGGGAUGAGGAGGAAGAGGGAGAGGAGGGGGAACGGAGGAGGGUGAGGAGGAAAAAGAAGGGAGUAGUGAUCGACGAUCGAUAUCUGGUGGAUGUGAAAGACGUGAAGAACAGUGUGAAAGAAGCAAUCAAGGCCAUGCGCAGCAAGAGCAGCAUCAACCGGCGGGUAGCUUCGAUGACCACACUGGGCGUGUCAGGGCCAGCAGCUAGAGCAGCGGAGCAAUCGGCACUGGCAGCCAAGCGGGAGAAGGAGAGGGCUCAGCUGGAACUGAGGAGGAAGUACUAUGGGCUGCCUUGA